AUGUCGGUCGACUUGCCGCCGCUACCCCAAGAAUUGAUUGACAAUAUCAUCGACCAUCUCCACAGCGAUAACAUUUCGCUGCUCAACUGCGCCCUUGUGUGUCGCGCCUGGCUGUCAACGAGUCGCCUGCACUUGUUCGCUAAGAUACACCUCCACGUUCCUUUACCCUCUUUCGAUACCCCCUCCGCGUCCCGCAAAUUCAACCGUCUCCUUAGACUCCUCUAUAAAUAUACAGAGUUGGUACCCCACAUCCACGAGCUCCAAGUACAUUUCGAGUGUGAAGGUCCCAAUCCAGAGUACGGGCUUCUUGCAGCAGGUGCCGAGGACACGCUUCUUCUUCCUUCUCUUCUGACAACAUUCACGCAUGUUCGCCAUUUCGAACUAUCAUCUAAUCUCAGCGCAUCAUGGCAUUCACUCCCGCCGCGUGUCCUCCACGCCAUCGACACGGUCGUCCGCCAGCCUUCAAUAACCUAUGUCCGUCUUUCCUCAUGGGUCUUCAAUAGCUGGAAGACUAUUGCGUCCCUCUUCCAACAUAGUCAAAAUCUACGAGGACUUGCACUUCGUUCGACGGAGUUAGGCACCGUUAAUGAGGAACAGGAACAGGAACUUCGGCCAGGAUCCUCGGGGCCUCGUCUCGAGUUCCUUACCCUGGAUUAUGUAGAUUGCCCGGAUCUGGGAAGCUGGCUCUCCAAUGAGCACCAAAGUAUGAUGGACUUGACCAACAUCCGCGAGUUCCGGUUAGCCCAUUCAGACGACAAUUGCGUCGAUCGGCUGCUCCGUACUUUUGGAGACUCACUUGAACGAUUCCAUCUCAAACCUGGACGGAUAGGUCUACAGCCAAUGACCUUGGAGCGAUGUGCACGAUUAAAAUCCUUGAGACUGACUUUGGACGAGCACCCCGCUUCCCUUGUAUGGGUCUCGGGUGUUCUAACUAGUAUCCCAGUACCCGGGAUUCUCGAGCACGUCGCCAUCGAAGUAUAUAUUGAUCCCAAGAAGUUGAUGGGCUGGAGAGCGAUUGAUAACAUUCUUACCCGGUCGGGGGCGUUCAACUCUCUGAAGGAGGUCGCCAUAGGAGUAUUCGCCCAUCCUGCCAAUGCCGAAUUCUUGAAAGUUCAGGAGGGUCUCGUGGGUUUGAAGGAGCAAGGACUCUUGCGCGUUUAUCAGUUGGCUACGAAGAGCCAAAAACUUUGCUCCGAGCUGACACCGAUGAUAAGUAGCUUCGAAGAAUGUUGA